AUGGUUUCUGCAUCAACUAUCAAAGUCUUACCACCUGCUAAUGGAAAAAAAUUAUGGAGAGUUAGAAAAUCAACUCCAAACACUCAUCAACGUAGCAAUAGCUUACCAGGAAAUAAAUCUACAACUUCCCCAAUACUUCUGAAAUCUAACAGAUCAUGUUCUACUUCAUCAAUUGCAUCUACCACUGCUACUGCCAACAAUAAUACCAACAAUUCAUCACCAAUGCAAAGCUCAUCAAUUGAAUGUUUAAACAAUUCAUUGAAAAUUGUUGCUGCUGCUUCAAAAUUCACUAUCAAAAGACCACCUUUGAGAAGACCAAAAAACAAACCAGGUAAACCAAAGGAUUUUGUUUUUGUUGAUUUAUCACCAGUUCAAUCUGAUAUUUCAAGUGAAUCUGAAUCUAACACUGCUACUAUUACUGUUUCCAAAUCAAGAAGAUCUAGCAAUAGUGGAAGUUCUGUUACUAAAGCUAAUUUAAUUAAUGUGCCGGUUCUUCCUACUAAUGUUGCACCAGCUACUCCAAUGACUACUUCUAAUUCAAUAAAUUCAAUCAAUGAGUACGAUAUCUAUGGCAAAACUCAAGUAAAUGAUGCUUAUGCUGCCGCUGCUGCUGCCCCAAUGGAACCACUGUUAUCCAAUGAUGGAUUUGGAUUACCAUCACCAGUUGAAUCAUUAGAUGAUUUCUUGAUUAGUGAAUUUGAUUUAUGGGAAAAUGAAGUGAAUUGGCAAUCAAUGAUUCCAAACACUCAACAACAACAACCACAGCAACAACAGGCUACUAGUCCUGCUGUGUCGCCUAUACUUCCUACUGAAAGUCAACAACAAGGACAAUAUCAAGAAUAUUUUGAUAUUGUGCUGAUUGUACAACAACAACAAGAACAAAUACAGAAAUUACAACAACAAUUACAACAAAUAACAAAAACCAACAGUGAUAAUGGUAAUACUUUAGCACAAGUUGAUAUGAUCAAUUCAUUAAUUAACAAUGCUAACAGUAUACCAAUAACGGCUAGUACUGCUGCUACUACUGCUACAACUAAUGGAUUUAUGGACUUUGUGUUUUAG